GACGAUGGACUAUAUAAGGACCAGGCUGGCGUGAACGCUAUUCUGCGUCCAUCAUGGCAACCAGGUGGGGGAUCUGUGGCACGGGCAGGAUCAGCCACGACUUUAUCGUGGCUCUGGAAACUCUUCCUGCUAAAGAGCAUCAGGUUGUGGCCGUGGCAGCUCGUAAGUUGGAGGAUGCACGGGAGUUUGCUAAAAGGCACAACAUCUGCAGAGCGUACGGCGGCUACGAGGAGCUGGCCAGAGAUCCUGCCAUCGAUGUGGUGUAUGUCGGAGUUAUUCAUCCCCACCAUCUGAGCGCUUGUCUGCUCUUUACCAACGCUAAGAAGAAUGUGCUGUGUGAGAAGCCGCUGGCCAUGAACACUAAGGAGGUCCAGCAGAUCCUGGCGUCAGCCAAGAUGAAUGAUGUCUUCUUCAUGGAGGCUGUCUGGACUCGCUUCUUCCCGGCAUUCGUGGAGAUCAGACGGCUUCUGACCCAGGAGGAGUUGGGUGAGGUGAAGAUGGUGAGAGCGGAGUUCGGCGUGCCGCUGACUCACAAGCCCAGAUGCGUGCAGAAGGAGCUGGGCGGAGGAGCGCUCCUGGAUGUUGGCAUCUACUGCCUGCAGCUGAUAUCCAUGGUGUACAACGGGGAAAAGCCGGAGUGCAUCCAGGCCACAGGGGUCCCUCUGGAGACGGGAGUGGACGAGACCGUGGUCGCUACUCUGAAGUAUUCCAAGAACAGACUGGCCGUGUUGACCUGCUCGUUGCGUAUGGAGCUCCCCAACGACGCCGUCAUUGUGGGCACGAAGGGAACGAUCAGAGUCCCUUAUCCAGUGUGGUGCCCCACAUCGUUAGUGGUGAACGGGAAGGAGACUCAGUAUCCUCUGCCUGAACCCUGUUUGCCUCUAAACUUCACCAACAGCACAGGGAUGCGCUAUGAAGCAGAGGAGGUGCGACAGUGUCUGUUGAAGGGGCUGAAGCAGAGUGCCGUCAUGUCCCACGCUGACUCUCUGCUGCUGGCUGAGGUGGAGGAUGAGAUUCGUGGACAGGUGGGGGUGGUGUACAGCCAGGACUGCCAAUAAAUGUACACACAGGGCAAGUGGUUUCCCGGCACUCACGACACGUAUUGCUGCUGCUGGAGAUGUGUGAUUAUUCCAACACAUGCAGACAACCAGAAGGUGGCGCUUUGAUUACAAAAACAUUUAGGUAGUUUUCAGUCUAUUGCAUGUUUUACUUCUAUAGUGGGAAGACAGAAGGAAGAACUUUGAACUUUAAUGUCAUUCACACUGCCACAGUAUCCAAACUGCUUUUCAGACAGGUUUAUCAGUUUACCUCUGUUCACAGUUGGUCAUAAAUACAGGCGUAGCCACAUUCAAUAUAAUGUAAUAGUUUUAAUUUUGCAUGAAGAAGCCUAAUUAAAAAUUAUUUGAAAAAUCGGGGUUCCCCAUUUAUUCCUUUUAGAUUUAGUCUGUAAAUUUGAGAGGAGGAUGCUGGAAAAACCUCUCCCAAUCCUGGUCAGUAUCUCUCGCCCCCACUACACAGUGUUGACAGGACAGAGGAGCUCUUUCAGCUAGAGGUUGAUCUGAUCUGAGAUGUGAUGCACAGCAGAGACACUUUCUACCCCUUUGUUAAAUAGCCGUCAGUAUUCCACCAUGGUCUAUAAUUAUUGUCCCAUAUUCAUUGAUCUUUGUCUAUCCAUGUUAUAGUCUGUAGACAAAGCAAUGAUGUUGUAUGUGGUUAAGCAAGAUCAUGGUAUGCAUUAUAGUUAAAAUAGUACAGUAUGUGGUCAAAAAGGUCAUUUUUAUGUUGAAGAAUAAAGAUGCUUAACAUUGAAAAGAUGCAAGAUCCCAGGACAUUACACUAUAUUAAAUUUGUACACUUCAUACACUUAAA